AUGAUGAAGGCGGAAGAGACCGCAGACAAGAUCUCUUGGCGUACCAUCAGAAUGUACUGUCAAAGCUGUGGAGGAUUUCCUUGGGUUUCAGCGAUCUUGAUGAGUUCCCUCUUCGAGCGUCUGUCACUUAUCUUUCUGGAUUGGUGGCUGGCCAGAUGGGCAGAAGAGGGCUCCGAAGAUGAUCGAGCCAUGUACUUUGCAGUUUACUUUGCCACUGUACUGGUGGUGGUCGUCUUUGUGUCCAUCACGCGCAUUCUUUUCUCCAUAGCGACGGUGCAUGCUGGACGCCGGCUCUUUGAACGGAUGGCCUUGAAGGUUCUUAGGGCACCCAUGUGGUGGUGGGAUACAACCCCGCUGGGACGUGUGCUAAAUCGAUUCAGCUUUGACACAGAGAACACUGACACCACGCUCGUCACCAAGCUUUUCCCUGCGCUGCUUUCCCUGAGUUGGUGCUUGGGGGCUGUGGGCGUUAUGGCUGGUACUCUGUGGCCAUAUUCGAUGCUGAUGAUCCCAGCUCCAGCAGCCUGGCAAGUCAUGGCAUCGUGA